AUGAGCAAAUUUAAGUUUAAUACUAAUACUAUUGGUAAUUACAGUAAUUAGAAUAUUACAUAAAUUUGAUCAAAAAUCAACCAACAAACUACAAACAAUGUUUCUAAAAUUCCUGAUACCCCCCAAAACAAAAUAAACCAACUUUAAAGUUAUGAACAACAUCUACACCUCAAAGGAACUACUCAGACGGCGAUUUCAUAUAGAAGACAACAUGUGCACUUUUUUUUGAAAAUGAUACUGAAACAACGGACCAUAUAUUCUGGGUUAACAUUCACAAAUGGAUUAAACAAAAAAUUAGAGUUUUUCCACAAUGUAUUUCUCUAGAAAACAUUACUUUUGGAAUGAUACUACCAAAUAAAAAUGAUGAACUCUGUUGCAUUUCAUCCAUAAAAAUAAAGUUAUGAGAUCAUCCCUCAGAUUUACUGUUUUCAUAAACUAAUUUAAAAUGUAUUUGAAAUCUCUUAAACCGUUAACUAGUUUGAAGGAACAAAAGUUAUACGAUAACUUAAAGAAUUUUCUCACUGAUAUGAACAGUUAAAAAUGUUUUUAAAAGAAAGAAAACCCUUGUAAAGUUUUGCAGAGCAUAAAUCAUUUUUUUUAUUUUAAGUUACUUUUAUGUUUCAGUUUGCUUGUCGUUCUUCACUAUCUACUUUGUUAUUGCCCUACUGUUUUUUCCCCCUGUCUAAACAUGCAUUGUCGCUUUCCCAUAUUGUCAAGUAUUUCUCACUGAUAUGUUAUUUCAAUAUUGAAAUUACUGUAUUGAACUGAUUCUGCUUUGUUUGGAAUUGUAAUUUUGUUAACUAUAAAUAAAGCAUAAAAAAAUACAAUAAUUAGAUUAGGAAAAUGUGCCUUUACAUACUUAUAGGGCAAUUGUCACAUCCACUAUUUAAAAUUUAAAGUAUAUUUCAAGUAAAUUAUUUAGUGUUUUUACCUGAGCUUUACUUCAUGAACUGUUUGUUUUUAGUAAGAGUACAAAACAAUAGACAGUAUAUACUAUACUAUACUGUACUAUAUACAGUCUAUGUAAAAAACCAUCACUGCACUUUGGCCUGAGUAGAUACAACAGCUCCUCCUGCAGGCUGAUCCCAGUACUGCACCCACACUCACUUUUAACACAGAAGGUGAAGGAGGCGUGUAACAGCAGUUCAAUGCUACACGUCGCCUUUGACUGGCCGAAAACAACCCAAGUUUCUAUCGGUGUUCAUCAAAACAGGUACUCAAUCAAAUUCACCACGGCUCUUAUUAUCUGUGAAGCUCUGUUGCAUGUUUUUAUUGGCUGUGAGACACGCGUUUUUGCAGACCAGCCAUGCUAAAUCAGAUUGAGCUAAGCUAAGCUAAGCUAGGCUAACUGCAGUUUAGGCCCUGACUGCAUGCGCAACCAAGUCAGUGUUGAGGUUAAGAAACUCCACAAUAACUUUAAAAACAAUACUCACAAUUCAUCAUAUCGAUUAGGUAUUAAAACAUCAAAUACAUGUGAUAAUGCCAGGAUUAAAGGACAUUGCACAGACAUAAACAAAGCUAUAGUGUGGUUGGCUUGACAACGUUGGUGUGAGUUAGCAAGGUUAGCUCUGUGGCUCUUAAUAAUAUAGCUACUAAAGAAAACCUGAAUGUGCUCAGUAAACAGAGAUAAACUGAGGUGAGGUUUGGUUAGAAUAAAUGCAUUUAACUCAACAUUAAAGCUCACAAAUUGAUGGUGCUUCCCUAAAAUGUGCAGUAGUCACAAUUUUUGAAUUAUUGCUUAAUGUUUGCUUUUAUUUUUCUGUCAGAAGUUACUGGAAAUACAGAAAACUCUGCAAAGUAAUAGAAACACUCUACUGUAACGUACCAGCUUUUCCUCUUUAUAUGUAUUGGUUUAAACGUGAUCACAACAAGCAUUUCAUGUCAACAAAACAGAAGCCACACAAAAAUAAUUUACUUUCUGUAAUUUAUGAUUGAGAAUUAGAUGUUGUGUUGGGUUACUUAAGAUUGCUCACUUCUUCAUGAUGUUGUGGCUGAUCAGUAACUUCUUCAUCCUGUCUCUACUAAGCAUUUGUUCAUUCAAACCCAUCAUGUUUUCUCCUCUGUCAUUGUCAUGUAUCUAUUAAAAAAAUAAUACUAAAAUUUUGACUCUUCUUUGUCCCUUUACAGCAGCCGUGCCCCGCCGCGCCCCCACCCCCAGCGGCGCCGUCAUGUGGCAGGAGGCCCGCAAACAUGAGCGUAAGCUCCGUGGCAUGAUGGUGGACUACAAACGCAGAGGAGAACGCAGGCGGGAAUACUAUGAGAAGAUCGUAAGUCUUGGUCAAGUCGUGGUGAUUGCUCUUUUCUUGAGUUGCCCAGUCUGUUCUUGCCCUGCCUCACCACCUGCUGCUGUAUUUGUUAAAGGUGGUGGUGUUUGUUUGACGCGUUCCUGUUUAGGUUGUGAGUGAUUUAAGACCUGAGAUGACAGAUGAAUACAUUAGCUCUCAGACUUGCAGCAGAGUUUUGUACAAUAGAGAUGUUUGUGAGCCUUUUUCAAACUUGUUUCCUUUUUACAGCUGUUUGACUACCUUUUUGUUUUGUCCCAACAGAAAAAAGAUCCAGCUCAGUUCCUGCAGGUCCACGGCCGAGCUUACAAGAUUCACCUGGAUCCAGCUGUGGCGCUGGCUGCUGAGAGUCCCAUCAACAUGUGAGGAAACACACGCACACCGCUUUUCAAUAUUCAUAACACAGACCAAAUUCUGAGCUCCUGUAGUGAUCACAUAUAUACUUCUUUGCUCUUGUUUUGUCUAAAGGAUGCCUUGGCAGGGAGAUGCCAACAACAUGAUUGAUAGGUUUGACGUCAGGGCUCAUCUGGACUACAUCCCCACAUACACGCCUCCUCUGCUCAGCACAUCGUAAGUCUUUAAAUGAGUGAUUUGAGUUAGUGCUUGCUUUUUUCCCUUGUAAUUCUAUAUGAUUGCUGGGCAUUAUAGGAAAACUAGGAUCAAAUCAAAGAGGGUAAAAAAAAAUCACCUCAUCUUUACACUGAGGUCAUCAGCUUUUAUGAAUAGACAAAUGGGACAUUAAUAGUGUUUUUAAAUCUAUUAACUCUGGUGUAAAUAAGCAGUGCGUUAGGUUGCUAAAGCUGUAAGCCGUGACCAUAAAUACAGCAAAUCCAUACGGUGUUUGAAAUUAAAUUCAUAUUGAAAACAUAAGCCUCUCAUUUCUGACCUUUGCUUCACAAUGACAGUCCUACUUUAUUGUAUUCAGUGUUGAGUGAAGUUAUUUAUGUGAGAAAUAUCUUUUCUCUUUGUCCCUCACAGAACCCCCGAGCAGGAGAUGGAGGAAAGGAAGUGCAAUUACGAGCGUUACAGAGGCCUUGUGCAGAAUGACUUUGCCAACAGUGAGUGAUCCGAACUUUGUAGAUGAUGAUCUUUCAUUAGUGCAGAAUCUUAGAAUGGAAUAGUACUUAAUUCAGACUUGCAUGGUGUGCUGUUUCAACAUCAACUUCACAUUACAUGUUACUUAAUGUUGCCUGGACACCUUGUUGUCAUCCUUGUUGUCUUUUGAGUGUGUUGAUAGCAUUUAUAGAGGCUGCUUAGUGCAUAACAGUGUUGCAGCAGUAGUUCUUGGGCUUUUAUAAAGACACAAAAUAUGAAUGAAAUGUAAAAAUAUGACCAAUAUGAUAAAAAUAUUGAGUAUUGUGGGUUGUAAAGGUUGUAAAUCUUAGCAUAAAUGUCUGGUGAAAUUUUGUGUUUUUUAAAUCUGUAACCUUUAUCCUGUUUCUUUCUCUAGAAUAUGAAUAUGAUAAAAUUGGCCUUUAGUUUCACAGUGAAAUGCACUUGAGCCUUUUAAAGCUCCUGUUGUUUCUUCUCACUCAUGCACACUGCUCCAUGUGAGCUUAUUGUGGCUAUAAUAGUCUGUUAUUCUGCCCUCAGUAGGUUUAUUUUGCGGUCGUGUUGUGUGCUAAAACUCCCUCAUGUCCCUUUUCCAGUCUCUGAGGAGCAGUGUUUGUACCAGAUCUACCUGGACGAGCUCUACGGUGGCCUACAGAAGCCAAACGAGGAAGAGAAGAAAAAGUACGUCAUUGAAAUGUUAUUAAAAAGAUUGUUCUCUUGUCGUGCAUAUUAACAUGAUUAUGUUUGAGCGUUUUAGUUUACUCUUUAUUAAUGAAUCCUCCCUCUCUGUGUGCAGACUGGCUGAAAAAAAGGUCGCCAUCGGUUACACCUAUGAAGACAGCACUGUGGCAGAGCUGGAGCCCCAGUCAGACAAAGAGGAAGAAAAUUCAGAGAACAGUGAAUCAGAGGAGGAUGAGGGCAUCCCAGAUAUUGGUGCGGAAGUUGUUUUGGCACUUAAGAGAUUUACAUAUCAGGAAUAUCAAAACCUCAGUGAAAACAACGAAUUUUCCGAGCACUUGAUUCUACAAAAUAUCUCAAAAGAUAUAGUAUCCUCUCUGUUCCUGCAGUCAUUUCUUAUUACAUGUGAAAGGCUGAUGUAUUUCCUGAUUUAUCACUGUGCUAAUGAACCUGGGUGUCAUAUUGUGUUCCUAUGCGUCGUAUAGAUGUGGAGGUGGAUGUCGAUGAGCUGAACCAGGAACAGGUGUUGGAUCUAAACAAGAUAGCGACCCCUUAUGGAAUGGCCGAAGGAGACUUUGUUAGGUAACACCUUCAGUGAUUAUAUCACCACACCAAACAGGUCAACUGUUGAGAAAAGCAAAAAUACAGGUUCAGAGAAUCACACCACCUAUUGAGUCCAAGCUGCUGCUCUCACCACAAAUUGCAACACAUGCUAUUGACAGGCCACUCGCAACCACCGUGUGAAUGCUGGUUUAUAGAAUGAAUUUAAAUCUUAAAAUUUAAGUCAAAGCGCCACCAUCUAUCCCUGCUCCAGCCUCAGCAGGGACAGCACAGAGUGAUUGAAUGAUAAGCUGUUAGUUCAUUUUGUUUUUUCUAAUUUUCUAAUCAGUAAUUCCACUGGAGAAUAAUGUCUGUAUAAGAAACUAGACCUGGCAUAUUUAGAGGACAGACAUUCUUUCCCUCAUUGACGUGUCGUGUUUAUAUUUUAACUAAUAUUUUAAAUUUUCAUAUUAAACUGCUAAAUAUUCAACACUUUGAUUGAGGUUAUUGUUGUAACUCUUUCCACAUUUGACCUGUUUUUUCAGAAUGCUGAGGAAAGACAAGGAGGAAGUGGAAGCCAUUAAACAUGCCAAAGCUCUGGAGGCGGAGAAGGCCAUGUACUCUGUAAGACCUGCUGAAGAAUCAACUCCUGUGUUUGUAGUGUGGUGUGACUUUUUAACGAGAGGAUUUUUAAUCAUUUCAGGGCCGCCGUUCUCGCAGACAAAGGAGGGAGUUCAGAGAGAAGAGGCUAAAAGGUCGUCAGAUCAGUCCACCAAGGUAAACUUAUGCACUAAUUUCUCUCUCAUUGAAAGAUUUCUCUCCUUAAACAGAGUUAACGUUUGUCCUCGCUCUGCUGGUUUUCAGCUAUGCAAGGAGAGACAGUCCCACCUAUGAUCCAUAUAAACGGCAAGUUCAUCAUCUUUUCCUUUUACUCCUAAAUGUCCUGAUUUGAUCAUCUCUGUAAGCGUGUCUGAUUUUGUUCUGCUGCUCUCCUUCAGGCCAGAGUCGGAGUCUAGCUCUGAAUCGCGGUCCCGCUCCCGUACUCCUGGCCCAGAGAAGAUCACCUUCAUCACCAGCUUCGGAGGCAGCGACGAUGAAGCUGCUGCAGCAACACAAACACCCGCUCCUCACUCUGGCCACCCCCCUCCCAGCAUCCAGCACCCUGCAGGUCAUAGCAGGGGCUCCCGGUCGGUAACUUUCCGUCUCCUGGCUUUUCAUUGGUUGUUUUCUUCUUCUUUGCUAUUGGAUGUCUAUUAAAAUGACCGCAGCUGUUGUGGAAGAGAGCAUAGUCAAGAAUUGUUUUUUCUAAGUGGCAGGUGAGAUGAAGAAUGGUUUUUAAUCAAGCAGAAUGAAGUCAUAACAUAAGGAGUUUAAAAUGCAGUGAGGAGAAUUUAACAAAAUAACAGUAAUACUUUUUCAAACAUAAGAAAACAGACAUAUUGUGGACAGUAGGGGGGAAUUUCCCUGAUUUUCUGGCUAAAUUGUUUCUCUUUUUGUUUAGGAGGCGAAAGUCAUCGUCCAGCCGCUCCCCUUCCUCCUCCUCCCGCUCCUCCUCUCGCUCCUCCUCUCGUUCUUCCUCUCGAUCACGACGUACCAGACGAAGUCGCGGGGGAAGGGACGGGCGGCGAUCCAGGACACGAUCGCGAUCGAGACGACGUUCCAGAUCUCACUCCAGAAGCAGGGGAGGAAAUGGAGGAUCUGCAUCCUGGAGGAGGCGUGACCGGACACGAUCACGGUCCAACAACCGAGACAGAGAGCGAGACAGAGACAGAGAAAGGGACCGGGAAAGGGACAGGGACCGGGACAGAGACAGAGACAGAGACAGGAGGCGAUACUCAGCACGCAAACGAACAAGGUGAGACACCCAAACAGUCUCCAAACAGUUUUUAAUUUCCAACACAAAGCACUCACACAAGUUUUGUUUUUGUUGCCUGUCUGUUUGUUUUUCCAUCAGGUCCCGUUCCAGCUCACGGCAGGGGAGCAGCUUUAAGCGAGGGGGGCGAAGCAGUGGAAGCCACCGACGAGGCGAGAGCAACAGCCGCAGUCCCUCUAUGUCCCCAAAGCGCCUUAACCACAGUCCCUCUCCUGCCCACAGAGGAGCCCAGCCCUCUACCCUCAGCAUCUGUGACAAGCUAAGAAAGUAAGAAGACUGAGUCAACGGCGCAUAGACAUAAACCUUCAUGAAAACACCUUUUAAUAAGUUAUCCAGUUAGAAAGGACGAAAGGCAUUAGCUGAGGAUGCAGUGAUCAACUUCCUAAACCUUGAGACCAAUUUGCAGAGUUGCACCGCCCUCCUCCGCUGGUCACUGCUUAAACUGCAGGGUCUUCAAUCAAAUCAGCACUGCACAAGAUUUGUUUACUUAGUAUCGUACUACGGUUUUCUUUCUGAAAGUUUAUAAUCACGGUCUGAUGGGAGACAAAAUAUUAGAAAGUUUUGGCCAAAUGUUAGUCGUGUCACUGGGUGAUGGUUGGAGCUGCACCAGUGGUCAUGCCAGAACAUGUCAGUGAUAAAGCUUUGACUACCAUAGCAUAGGGUGACCAUAUGUCCUCUUUUACCCAGACACGUCCUCUAUUUUUAGGGGUUGUUUGGAGAAGUUUAUAAAAUACUUCAAAUGCCUGCGGUUUUGUACGUAAGUCUCGAGUUUGUGUUUCGUGGACUUGCUGCAUUAGAAGCUCGUACAAGACACUCGAUCGGACACGAAAAACUCAAAAUUAACUUUGUGCGACUCUGUGACUCCGCCCCCGCGUAGACGUGUCCUCUUUUUGGGAAAUCAGAAUAUGGUCACCCUACCAUAGCACCAUCUUCUGAAUGAAACACUAAAACAUGAAAAAAUACCUCACUGAUCCUAUACACUGGUAUGUCAAAAGUAACACUCAUUUUAAAAGUGAGAAAGUUCAAAUUCAACUUUAUUUUUAUGGCACUUUUCAGACAACAAAUGCAGUUCAAAGUGCCUCACAGAAGCUAAAAACAACAAUUAACAACAAUAAAACCCGACCCACCCACCCACACGCCCACCCAUGGACCCACACAUACACACAAAGGCACUCACCCACACAUACACACACAAGCACACAGUGUGAGAAUUUAAAUUUCUAAAGUGACAGUUGUUAAAAGUGCCUCUUAUACACAUAAUUUGACUGUACUUGAACAGAAACACCAUGCUGUGUUUGAUACCCUGUAUAUCGACUGUUUUUUUUAUCAAUCCAUUUGUGGUCGUUCCUCCAGCUGAUCGCUUUUCCCCCCUUCUCUCCGCAGGCCUGAAACUCCGGCUGGUAAAGAGACGGGAGCUGCCAAAGUCAGUAAGAAUUUGAUCUAGCUUGGUUUCUUGCUAAAGCCUACGCCUCCCUCAUCCCUGACAGGCUGACAUGGUUGUCCACCAGACUGGGAUGUAAAAGCCAUUGUUGCCCACAGAAAAUGAAAUGAUGAUGUGAUUUUUUUUUUUCUUUUUACCCCACAAAGUGGACACGCUCGGCAGCCGUAGCCCUUUAUCUUUAUUUGCAGUUACCAUUACAGUAUUCUGAACGUAGAGAGGGGCUUCCACUUCUGCUCAGAGUAAACACCCUGUGAUGUCUGUUUGUCUGGAUUGUGAUUUUAGUCUGGGUUGUGCAUGUAUUUACAUAUAUAUAUAUAUAUGUGUGUGUGUGUGUGUAUUUACAUUUAUACGUGUGGGUGAGAGAGUGUAGUGUCUUUAUAUCUGUUUGUAGUCUUAAAUUCACAGACAUCUCCUAACAUAUCAGUGUCCAUAACAGGAAAACUGUUUUGUUCCAGCGUAUCAAUCAUUAUUUAGCAGGUGAUUAUCUAUGUGGAUCAGAAGAUUAGCACAGAAAAGCAGAUGGGAUGUUCUUCGGGCAGCAGCUUUCUUUGCUUGUUUAAACAGGCAGCAGAGCGUGUUCUUACCAAACAAAGGUGCUUCCAGUCCUAUAAAAAGUUUUUGAACUACAGAUGAGAGCUGAAAUGAAUUUAGGAGAUUUUGGAAAGAGAACUACAAUGUCUGCUUUGCUCCUUACAAAGGUUUUAAACCACCCCUUAAAGUCACUAGUUAAUUACUCAUAUCUUCUUUAAUGAGUCUGCAUGAAUAACAAAAGUGUAAAGAUGACAAAAUGCGGUUUUAUUGCCAGGCUGGCUGCUUCCUCCUGCUUCGAGUCUCUAUUCAGAUCUUCGUUAUGUCGCUAGUCUUGGUAGCUGAAGCUUAAUUGUACACAUUAGUUACAUUCAUCCUCUGUUUAGCUUCUCUUCAGGCAAGUGCAGUCAUCUAUUAUUUAAAACUAAGCAAGAUACAUAUUCUAUCUGGUUUGUUCAAACAUCCUGGACUGACUUCUCUUCUCACCGCAUUUCCCCUGGCAAGUAAGGGAAGAUUUGCGUGUACUCUCACGGACAAACAGUCAUUAUCUGCCUCUGUGCUACACAUGCCUGCAGUGUUCUGACCUGCAGUUUUUCUUGCCUGGCCAGGUUUAAACGGCCCAGUGAAGGGUGUGUCUCUGACAAAAUGCCACUGGCUCUUUCCUAACUCGGUGAACUCAGCGGACCUGAACUUGCCCUUGUUUCACUUUGCAGUCCCGUUCUUCUCUCUCUAUAGCUGUCCUCCCAUUUUUGAAAUCUCUGAAAGUGUUUGUAUGUAGGAACAUAUUUUGCAUUACAGGUCAUAUGACGUGAGCCCGUCUCUAAACUAUUCUACGGGUUUGUCUCUGUUCACACAUACACCAGAGUCCUGCCAGGGUACAGCUUUGCAGACCUGUGUUUACAGUCCUCUGCACAAACUGACCUGUUGCUGCAGUUAAAUCAGAGUCAAAUUUGAGACCACCUCAACACAUCCUGUGCUGAGUCACUCACUAAGGUUUUAUUGCAGAACUAGAACAGCAGCCCUUUUGGCAGAACCGGUCAAUAAUGAGGCUUUACUCUGCUGCAUCUAGACCGUGACAUCCCAUAAUUUUUAUAACAUAAUGGUCCAAGUUUUUGUCAUGAUCACAUUUGUUUCUUUGUAGUUCUGACACCUUUACAAAAGUAUGAUCUCACUUGCCGCCAAAACUGAAUCCUGACCCCUAAAACCACACGAAAUAUUUCUUUUCCUGUUGCAUAACUUUUUUGCAGGUAACUGGUUGAAACCCUGUGCAGGACUCAUUUACACACAUGCACUCACACAUAUACACACUCACUGCAAAAGUUUCGAGUCUUCUUGUUGACUUGACAAAAAAAAUCACAGAUUUUGAAAAGUGAACUUUAGGAACUAUUGAACAUAAACCUGGAACCAUGCAACAGCUCUGUGCCUUGGAAUUUAGCUUUCUGUCACACACACAACCCUCCCCCUACCGACACACACACACGCACAUAACACUUAAGUCUGACCUGUCAAAAGAUGUACUAACUUUCUUGUGUCACCUGCAGCCCAAGAUGACCCCACAGGAGCGGCUGAAACUACGAAUGCAGAAGGCGCUUAACAAGCAGUGUGAGUAGAGCUGAGGACAGCAUGUGUUCGUGGUUGUUGUCUUUUCCAUAUUUCAUAAUACGAACAUGUUCAUAUCGUAUCUUCCAACUUAUUUCCAUUUUCUUUUUUCCCAUCUUACAGCUAAGGCGGACAAAAAAGCCGCUCAGGUGAAGAUCCAGCUGCAGGAACACAAGCGACAGGUGUGUGUUGUGUGUUUUCAUCUGAAAGAAAGUUAAAAUAAACAACUUUAGGCAUUUUAUACAAACCCCUCAAUGUUUUUUUACAGGAAAGAGAGGGAGAGUUGCGAGCCAUGGCACGCAAGAUCCGCAUGAAGUAAGAAACUGUGUUGGCAUCUAAAGGCUAAAGCAUACAGGAUCCGUAUUUAGCGCGUAUCAGCAAAGCAUACAGGACGCAUAUCAGCUCCGUCGCAACAUCACAUCGAGAGCAGCACUACUAAAGAUAUGCAACAAGUCUGUUUUUGCUGCACACAGAGAAGAUCAUGUUGCUUUUUCACGUAUAGUAGCGGCUCAACAGUCACUGAAUUAUAUCCAAAUUAGCAGGAAAUGGACCCCAGACAGGCAUAACAACCUGUAGUGAGCAUGUUGUUUCCUCUAUACUGAGCCCAGCUGACUGCUGCUGCUGCUACGCUCCAAAUACGCAUCCUGUAUGCGAUACCCAGUGCUGCUCUACGGAGCAAAUACAGAACACGCUCAAUACAGAUAAAGUGGGUUGUUUGGUAUGUGUGUGUGUGGAAAUCGUCUGACCCAAACAUUCUGCAUUUAGGGAGCGUGAGAGGCGAGAGAAAGAGAGGGAUGAAUGGGAGAGGCAGUACGGGCGACAGAGCCACUCGCCCUCUCCCUCCAAAUAUGGUAAGACUUAAUGUUUCUGAUCACAAAUAGCUGCAUGUAUCAAUAAUAACAGUUAGAUUUAGUCUGUGUGUUUCUGUGUGUGUAUUUCAUCAAAAUCAAAAAGAACUAACAGAAAUAUUUAAUGACCCCGGCGUAUGUCGGACUCGCUGGCAUUAGUUUGUGCUCUGACAGUUUUAUGAGCAUUACGAUGUUAUGGCAUGCGAUUGUUUUGAUGGUGUCUCUGUGUCCUCUGUCCCUCAGGCCGUGAACACAGCUCAUACAGAAGGUAUGCAAGCAGACGCAAGAACCUGCACAGCUCUGAUGAAGCACAGUGAAUUGUUUGAUUUGUUUACUCUUGAUGCACAAUAGCUGGUAACAGUGGCAUGCAACACUGUACAAGAAUAACCUGAUACAAGUUUUCAUAUUGCCAAAAAGAUGAGCUUCAGCUAUAAAUUUAAAUAUGUUCAUCAGAUCAUUUUAGGAAAGACAUAUUCAUUUCAUUUGACAAUACUCUGCUCUAAUCUUUGUACUUUGUUCUCAAUCUUUCAGGAGGUCGCGGUCUCGGUCACGGAGUCCAUACUACAGAUACUGA